UACCACUAACAUCAAUAAUACUUUGUUCGAACUUCGCGUGUUCCAUAUACAUCGACUCCCAAUAUGCAUACUUCAAUAUCCUUCGCGCUCCUAUCCCUAUUCUCCCUGGCUACUUCCCAAGUCCAUGAACCCACUGAGUUGCGUUUAAUGCACCGUGUUGUGCACCCCGACCUUCCUGUGACACCGUGGGCUGAGCUCGGAAUUGUCACCGUCCCAUCCUUUGAAUCCAUUUCACCCACUGGUUCACAUGCCUCAAUAUCACUGGCAGAGUCAUUACGGGACGACCUUGCCGAAUUCGCAGAAGCGGUGAAUCCUAAUAUGCAGGGCGCAAUGUACCACGUCGCGAUCGAGCUUCCAGAACUGGAAGGGUCAGUGUCAAGUACCAAGGCGUGUCUACUUCCUUCCUCCACAGAUGCAAAUAUAGUCAUACAUUUCUCUGCGAAGGGAGAACCGUAUGCAAUCGAUUAUGCCGUGUCGCCUGUACCUCGAGACGGAAUAUGCCCUGCAACUAGCACGGGGAGCUACCCAGCACAUACUAACACGAGUGUAGUGCUCAAAUCGCCACGGAUGGCACCUCUACCUGAGCUGCGAAUCCCACCUCCGCUCACGCCUGAAGGCGAGCCAGUAGUGCCUAUUCCUGAAAAAAGUUUCGUGCAAAAGUAUUGGAUAUACAUGGUUGUUGUUCUUGGGGCACUGCUGAUUUCUGGGCCUGCCGAUGACUCUCCUAGCGGGGAUAAAGGAGGGAAGUAGCACGAUAUAAAUUGUUAUACUAGGUACAAGAUCAAAAUGCAAGCACUAUCACUCCCAGAUUGGUGAC